AGAGCGUCUCUCCUAGCGUCGGUUUCUCCCUUCGGAUAAAGCGGUGGUUCUUUGGUUUUCUCUGUUCGAAGAAAGAAAACAAAACAGAUAAAGGGGAAAAGGAAGUAAUGGAGAGAUCUCUUAAUGGCAUCAACGUCGAUGAUUACGGUACAGAGCUUCUACCGCCGAACGACGAGUCGGCGGCCUCGUCUUGGCGUCUCAGCACGCACAAGUUUCGCUUUCCCGAACAGACAAUCUCCGAUGGCCGUGGACGAUCCGGCACUCGCUUCUCUGGCCUUCUUUUCACUCCGAGGAAACAACGCAGGGUUUCAGAAUACUACAAAAAGCAAAAAAGGCUUCUUGAAGGGUUCAAUGAAAUGGAGACAGUGACUGAAACGGGUUCUUUUCCUGGAAGUCUGUCUGAGGAUGAGAUGAAGAAGCUUGCAAGGAGUGAGAAAUUUGCCGUUCAUGCAUCAAACAUAGCUAACAUCGUGCUCUUUGUGGCAAAGAUCUAUGCUUCAGUUAUGAGUAAAUCAAUGGCCGUUAUUGCUUCAACCCUGGAUUCAUUCUUGGAUCUACUGUCAGGAUUUAUUUUGUGGUUCACCGCACAUGCCAUGAAGAAACCAAAUCAUUAUCGGUAUCCAAUUGGGAAGAAUCGCAUGCAACCAGUGGGUAUCAUUGUUUUUGCAUCUGUGAUGGCAACUCUUGGAUUGCAAAUCAUUCUUGAGUCUGUUAGGCAAUUCUUUACGAAGUCUGGCCCUAAGAUGAAUGCUGAGCAGGAGAAAUGGAUGAUUGGGAUAAUGGUUUCUGUCACAAUAGUGAAGUUAAUUCUCAUGGUUUAUUGCCGGCGAUUCAAAAAUGAAAUAAUUAGAGCAUAUGCACAGGAUCACUUCUUUGAUGUGAUUACCAAUUCAGUUGGUCUAGUCACAGCUGUCCUUGCGAUUCAUUUCCGCUGGUGGAUUGAUCCUACUGGAGCUAUAAUUAUUGCACUGUACACAAUUGGCACCUGGGCAAGAACGGUAUUGGAGAAUGUAGCAAAGAUGGCUGAUCCUAUGCUUGGUCAUGCUGUCGAUGUCACUGUAUCCAAGUUGAUUGCGGUUGCUUCAAAGCAGCUGAAUUUGUCAUCGGAAUUGAAGGAGGACCUCACGCGGUUUUGUCUCACACUGGAGAUGAUGAGGGGAGUGCUGCAGGACGCGGAUGACAAGCGUGUCAACGGUCACUCUAAUCUCAAACAAUGGCUCUGGCUCUGGGAGCUCCGAGCUGUGGCUGAUGAUGUCGACGAUUUGUUAAAGAGCAUUUCAUUGAUCAACAGGUUAACAUCUUUGCAACUGCUUACUAUCGACGACUGUUCUGAAAUAACUAGUAUGGAUGAUGAUGGAGCAUUUGCUUUCAUGUCCCUUACAAAAUUAGUCAUAAAAUGUUGUCCUAGGUUGAAAAAUGUUCCAGAGAGGGGCCUAACAUCACUUACUGAGUUAGUCAUUGAGAAAUGUGACAGUCUGGAAUGUGUUCCAGUAAGUAGAUUAUCGUCCCUUGGAAAACUCCACAUUAGACUCUGCACAGUGAGUAGCAUGCGAGACAAGCUACCCACAUGCCUUGAAGAUUUGUAUCUGCAUGGAUGUCCUAGUCUGAGCUUUAUUCCAAGUUUAGACGGUCUUGCCUCUCUUAAAAAUGUAGUAAUUGAGGGCUGUGGUGGAUUAGCGUACCAACCAAGAGGCCUGAGCCUCCCUGUGGAGAUUCUUGACUACCUUGGUAACUUGAAGAGAUUGUCAAUUGGCCCUUUCUCAAAAGAGCUGGAAAACUUCCCAGGGCUGAGUUCCAUCGACAGGUCCCUUGAUGAGUUAUGAACAUAAUUGAUUAAAUCAGUUUAUAAUAAAAGUGAUAAAAUUUA